UACAAAGUGUGGGAGAGACUGAGCCUGUAGAGAGUGCUGGCUGUACCAUUAGUAGAGACUGAGCCUGUAGAGAGUGCUGGCUGUACCAUUAGUAGAGACUGAGCCUGUAGAGAGUGCUGGCUGUACCAUUAGUAGAGACUGAGCCUGUAGAGAGUGCUGGCUGUACCAUUAGUAGCUAACUUGUCAUUGCAACAUCAGUGCAGUUGAUGUAAAAUAAUCGUAUUUCAGAUUUUUAUGGAUCCUUUAGGCACAAAUCACAAAGAUGAGAAGGACACUGCUUUCAUUACAGUAGAGGAUGAGAAAGAUGAUAGCGAGACAACAGUGAUAGACGGUGAGGAGGAAUCAGAUGACAAAGCCAAGGAGACUGAACCCCAGCAGCAGAAGGAGCAGGCCUGGGCCCCCACUACCUACUCCAAGUUUGGUAAAGAGGUGUUUUGCUACGUAGGAGAGGAGAUCAGCAUCUUUGAGGCCUUGGACUCUUACGGUGCUGUCACCUGGCCAGCGGCGUUGGCUCUGUGUCACUACCUAGAGACCAACGUUGAGCAGUUGAACCUGGUGGACAAGGCAGUGCUGGAGCUAGGAGCAGGUCCUGGCCUAGUGUCUAUUGUAGCCACACUCCUAGGUGCCUGGGUCACAGCUACAGACCUACCAGAGAUCAUAGGUAACCUGAGAGCCAACCUGCUCCGUAACACAAGAGGGCGCUGUAGGAACACUCCCCAAGCUGCAGCUCUGUCCUGGGGUCCUGACGUGGAACGCAUCUACCCCAGAUCUGUCUAUCGCUAUGACUACGUGCUGGCGGCUGACGUGGUGUAUCACCAUGACUACUUGGAAGAGCUGCUGUUCACCAUGAGAUACUUCUGCCGUCCAGGAACCACUCUGAUCUGGGCCAACAAGGUCCGCCUCAAGACAGACCUGAGCUUCACAGAGAACUUCCAGAACACCUUCAACACCACACUGCUGGCUGAGAUUGGAGAAGUAAACAUAUUAAUGGGCACGUGUCGAGAAACAGAGGAGAAACCAGAGCUAGACCCAGGAAAACAACAGGAAGAGGAGGAGGAACCAGAGCUAGACCCAGGAAAACAACAGGAAGAGGGGAAGGAACCAGAGUUGGACCCAGGAAAACAACAGGAAGAGGAGGAGGAGGAACCAGAGCUGGACCCAGGAAAACAACAGGAAGAGGAAGAACCAGAGCUAGUCCCAGGAAAACAACAGGAAGAGGAGGAGGAACCAGAGCUAGACCCAGGAAAACAACAGGAAGAGGAGGAGGAACCAGAGCUGGACUCAGGAAAACUACAGGAAGAGGAGGAACCACAGCUGGACCCAGGAAAACAACAGGAAGAGGAGGAGGAACCAGAGCUGGACUCAGGAAAACUACAGGAAGAGGAGGAACCACAGCUGGACCCAGGAAAACAACAGGAAGAGGAGGAGGAACCAGAGCUGGUCCCAGGAAAACAACAGGAAGAGGAGGAGGAAGAACAUGUCUGUUUACAGGUGGGGGAAAAUGGUUUAGAGGAAAAGGAGGAAGAGUUUGAAGCAGAUCAAACAACUGAGAAUGAGGAAGAAGACGAGACGCAGAAGGAGGGACUGAAAGAGGAGAACAAGGACAGAGAAAACCAGGUAGACUCUCAGGUUUGCAGAGACGACGAAGAGCAGCAAAAUUCUGCUGGCUCACGUUCUACCUCCGAAUCAGAGCUUGAGGGUCUUGAGGAGGCAGACACUCAGGACUCAAAUGUCCAACGGGAGGAGAGACCAGUCUGGGUCGAACAGAUUGUUGUGGAGGCAGAUAAAAGGUCAGAGGAACAAGACAACAGUUUGGAGGAGGAAGCUGAUGCAGCUGAUGGCAGUAGCCAAGCAUGGGAGAAACAGACGUUGGAACAUAGUGAUGAAGGAUAUGGGGAUGAUGAUGAUGCAGAAAACACUAACUCCCGCUGUAGCACCGAAGCGACUGACGAAGACAUCGAGGAGCUGGACACCAAGGAUACAGGAGAUGCCCAGCUGGAUAAUACCCACGUCCCCUGGAUACGACUGGACAGAGAGGUCUACUUCUAUGCUGGGCACAAAAUCAACAUCGUCGAGGCAAUGGACUCCCAUGGCGGAGUGAUAUGGCCAGCAGCGUUGGCUCUAUGUAACUACCUGGAGACCAAUACUGAUGUGAUAGAUCUGAAAGGAAAGCAGGUUUUGGAACUGGGAUCAGGGACAGGAUUAGUGUCUAUCGUCGCCAGUCUACUGGGUGCCCAGGUGACAGCCACCGACCUCCCAGACGUCCUUAGCAAUCUGAGAUACAACUUGCUCCGAAACACCAGAGGGCGCUCUAAAUAUACACCUGAGGUGACAGCUCUGUCCUGGGGUCCUGAGGUGGAACGCACUUACCCACGAUCCGUGUAUCGCUAUGACUACGUGCUGGCGGCUGACGUGGUGUAUCACCAUGACUUAGAGGAGCUGUUGGUUACCAUGAAAUACUUCUGUCGUCCAGGAAACACUCUGAUCUGGGCCAACAAGGUCCGCCUCAAGACAAACCUGGUAUUCACUGAAGACUUCAAGAACACAUUCAACACCACCCUGCUGGCUGAGAUGGGAGAGGUUAAGAUCUUCAAGGCCACAUGUAAAAGGUAGGAAUUAUGGAAAGAAGGAUGAGGAACUACUGUCGACAUCCUGCCGACUGUAACCAAGACUCUUUUCUUCUUCCUCUGAGAAAUGCUUGAAGACAGAAGGCCAUCUUGGCUAAUGAUAAUGGACGUUGAUGGACGACUGAUGUUGUUGUUGAUGUUUGUUCUACUUUCUACUUAGUUGUUACACACGUACUUAGAUAGUUGAUAUUAAUAUUAAAAUGUAUGCACUU